AUGAUUGACAUUCUCAAUAUCAAUGAAGAGCCAAUCUUCGACGAGCGCAUCGUCAAGACUGAGACUCACUCGUACAAUCCGUUUGCCAACACUACAUUCGGACACAGCGAUGAGAUAAGAAUACCUAUACAACAACAGGAUCUCUAUACGUUGUCACACGAAAGUUUUCUGUACAUCGAAGGAAAACUAACUACUACCAAACAAAUCGAAGGACCUGAUGUAGUACUGGGAAAUAAUUGUGUCGCGUUCAUGUUCGACGAGAUCCGAUAUGAACUUGAUGGUGUGGAGAUUGAUCGUGCCAGAAAUGUUGGAAUAACCAGCACGCUCAAGACCUAUGUCUCGUCAUCGUUCGAUAAAAUGUCUCUGAAGAAUGCCGGCUGGGAUGUGGUGAACAAUGGAACCGGAGACUUUAAUUUUUGUGUGCCGCUCAGCAUGCUAUUGGGAUUCUGUGAAGAUUAUCAACGCGUGAACAAGGACCGUUUGUCAUCGAUUGCUCCCGACAAAACGUCGGAGUCGGUCAAGAGCGCGACUGUGGACGUAAGAUUGGAAUUUGAGUGUAAGGCGAAUGUGCCAGUAAAUACCACUGCGUACUGUCUCAUCAUACAUGAUCGUGUGGUUCAGUACAACCCGCUGACCAGCGUCGUGCGCAAAAUUCCCUAA